UGUGGUGUGGGUCCAAACAUCAAAGCACUUAAACACCCCACAUUUUGUUGUCACACCCGCAUACCAUAAAUUUCUAGCUCUUUCAUAUUUGAGUUACUAAAUUAAAAUUAAAGAUCAUAUUUUAUUUAAUUUAUUAAACUUGGGAUAAAAAAAAUACUUGGCCAAAACAAAAAAAAAAAUACUUAGGAUAAAAAAAAUACUUAGCAAAAAAAAGAAAACCUUGGGAAAAAAAAAGUGAAAAGUGGGAAUUGAAGAUGGCUUUGCAGUUGAAUGGUGCUGCAAAUUGGUGUUUGUAUGGUAGCCAAAGAAACAGAAAUGUGAUAAGGGCAGUUACAUCAUUCGAGGAUAAUGCUUCAGUUAAGUCCAUUGAUGAAGGAAAGGUCAAGUUAGGAGGGUCUAAUCUGGAGGUCACUAGGUUAGGUGUUGGUGCUUGGUCUUGGGGUGAUACCAGUUAUUGGAACAACUUUGAAUGGGAUGACAGGAAGAUGAAAGCAGCAAAGGCAGCAUUUGACACAAGUCUUGAUAAUGGAAUUAGUUUCAUUGACACUGCCGAGGUCUACGGCUCUAAGUUCUCUUUGGGUGCAAUCAACUCUGAAACUCUUCUUGGAAGGUUUAUUAAGGAGCGGAAAGAAAAGGAUCCGGGAGUUGAGGUUGCAGUUGCGACAAAGUUUGCUGCACUGCCAUGGAGAUUAGGACGUGAAAGUGUUGUCAAAGCACUAGAGGACUCUCUCUGUCGCCUUGGUCUCUCAUCUGUGGAGCUCUAUCAGCUACACUGGCCUGGAAUCUGGGGAAAUGAAGGGUACAUUGACGGUCUUGGUGAUGCUGUUGAGAAAGGCCUCGUCAAGGCUGUUGGGGUUUCCAAUUAUAGCGAGAAGAGGCUACGUGAAGCUUAUCAGAAGCUAAAAAAGAGAGGCAUCCCUCUGGCUUCAAACCAAGUCAACUAUAGCCUUAUCUACAGGCUACCGGAGGAAAAUGGUGUCAAGGCUACCUGUGACGAGCUUGGGAUCACUUUGAUUGCUUAUUCACCAAUUGCUCAAGGGUCCUUGACCGGAAAGUACACACCAGAAAAUCCACCUUCUGGUCCACGAGGCCGCAUAUAUACUCGAGAAUACCUAACUCAGCUGCAACCUCUGGUGAAUAGAAUUAAAGAGAUAGGACAGAACUACGAUAAGACUUCUACUCAGGUAGUUCUGAACUGGUUAGUAGCACAGGAGAAUGUAGUUCCUAUACCUGGAGCUAAAAACAGGGAGCAAGCAGCAGAGUUUGCAGGUGCACUCGGGUGGCGACUAAGUGGUGAAGAAAUCGCAGAGCUGCGUUCUUUAGCCAAAGAAAUUAAGCCUAUUAUUGGCUUCCCAGUUGAGAAGUUGUAAAAAGUCUGUGGCUUUCAUUAUUAAGUUAGUUUUGCAGCAAGCCAGACGGUACCCGGUACGGUCAUAUAUGGCUAUAGUCGGAGCCAUGAUACUAUACUGCUAAAUACUUCUUCCUAUAAGUAUAUGAUUGUAAAUAGAUUUGGAUCAUGCUAAAUCACAGUUUUAUUCUUACAUACUUGUACACCAAGUACAAUAACACAUGUUUGGUAUUCUCAUGAAAAGAUCAGAAAGAGCAUUUCAUUGCUUGUA